AAACUCGCGCAGCCACCCACGAAAGUCACAAUGGUUGAUCAGGUUCAGCACCCUAGAAUCAUGGAGAAGGUUGCAGGCCAGCUCCAUCUCCGUUCUGGUGUUUCCUUGUACCACAGGCGCUCAUUUGGGAAUUACUCGAAUGCUGCAUUGCAGUAUCCAGUGAUGCCAGCAUGCAGAGCUACAACUGAUUUUUCUACUGUUGCAACAACAGGCUCUCCUAUCUUUGUUGCAGCUCCUGCAGAGAAAGGAAACUUUAUGGUUGACUUUCUCAUGGGUGGAGUUUCAGCUGCUGUAUCUAAAACUGCUGCUGCUCCCAUUGAACGAAUUAAGCUUUUGAUCCAGAACCAGGAUGAGAUGAUUAAAGCUGGUAGACUUUCUGAGCCCUAUAAGGGUAUUGGUGAUUGUUUCAAGCGAACAAUGCAGGAUGAGGGUGUUGUUGCCUUAUGGAGGGGCAACACUGCAAAUGUCAUCCGUUAUUUCCCCACUCAGGCUUUGAACUUUGCAUUCAAAGACUACUUCAAGAGGCUUUUCAAUUUCAAGAAGGAUAAGGAUGGUUACUGGAAAUGGUUUGCUGGCAACUUGGCCUCAGGAGGUGCUGCUGGUGCCUCAUCCCUUGCAUUUGUUUACUCCCUUGACUAUGCCCGUACCCGUCUGGCUAAUGAUUCAAAGGCUGCUAAGAAGGGUGGAGAAAGGCAAUUCAAUGGUCUUGUUGAUGUUUACAAGAAGACAUUGGCAUCUGAUGGUAUUGCUGGUCUUUACCGUGGUUUCAACAUUUCCUGUGUUGGAAUCAUUGUGUAUCGUGGUCUCUACUUCGGAAUGUAUGAUUCCCUGAAGCCAGUUCUCCUGACUGGAUCUUUGCAGGAUAGCUUUUUUGCUAGCUUUGGUCUUGGGUGGCUCAUUACCAAUGGUGCAGGUUUAGCAUCAUACCCAAUUGACACUGUUAGAAGAAGAAUGAUGAUGACCUCUGGUGAAGCCGUCAAGUACAAGAGCUCCAUGGAUGCAUUUGCACAAAUCCUCAAGAACGAGGGUGCCAAGUCCUUGUUUAAGGGAGCUGGUGCUAACAUCCUCCGUGCUGUUGCUGGUGCUGGUGUGCUUGCUGGUUAUGACAAGUUACAGGUGAUAAUGUUGGGGAAGAAGUACGGUUCCGGUGGUGCUUAGUUAAUUUUUCAGAGCCUUAUUCGUAUUUUAGCUUUAGAUGGUGAUGAAGAUCAUUUAGUUAUGAGAAAUGACUAAUCAUGGCGGCAAAUUUUGCUCAAUAAUUUUACUCGAUGGG